CUCAGUAAGAAGUUCGUUGGUGAAAGUAAUCAUUAGAAUAACGCGAUUAAACCCUGAAUAAAGAUCAGAACCGGAUUAAUAAAGUGAGUGUGAACUCCGGCGGCGGAUCAGGGGCGGCUGUGAGGGAGAUGAACCGCCGGGAGAGGCGGGUCUGUCCGGUAGGAUGAGCGCGGUGUGCUCGGGUUAUUACACCCCGGAGAAAGCGUUCGUCCGCGGCUUCACCUGCCCGAAACCCGGCGGGGACCAGCGGGCCGCCUUCUGCUGCGGAUUUAACGAUAUUAAAUACUGCUGCGACGAUCCCAACAGCUUCUUCCCCUACGAGUAUGGAUACAUGUGGUGGCUAAGUGUUGGGGCUCUGGUGGGUCUCUCGAUUGCUGCGGUGGUCCUGCUGGCGUUCCUCGUGACGGUGUGUGUUCUCUGCUACCUCUUCAUCGCCACCAAACCCAGCCGGCUGGACAGUGGCCUUCCCCUCAGUGCUCCCGGACCAGAACCAAGUCCUGAGCCCAGCCAUGCCAGUGGACCUCAGGGUUUCCGCCGAAACUUUCCCAACAGAAAACUGGACUGUGCCAAUCAACCGGCCGAGCCUGAGCGCCUCUUCCAGCGCUGCUUCCUGGCCACCGUCGGCCGGGUGAACGCUGAAGGUCCUACAUAGGAGAUCUUUCUUUCUUGCUGUUCCUCAGGAAGCUUCUGGAGAUUUUAAAGGAUGUCUAGCAGGAUGACCAACCGUGAAACAUCAGAAAGGACUGAGAUACAGAGUGAGAUGAUUAAGGGUUUCCAAAGUGAUUCCAAAGAUGUGUGGAUAAUUGGUCACCAAAAUACCAGAAGGUCAGUGGAAGCAGACGGUGGUUGAUGAACUAUCGGCUUUAAAGCUUUUGAGAAAAGACACUCAUCAGGUUCCCUGUUAUUUUUAGCAGGAUGUGUCCUGCCUUUGUGGCCUUCGAGCCAAAAAUGAGUCAUGCUCUGCAGAGCCUGCUCAGGUAGAAUCCUACACCUUCUUUAAGAAGAAGUUAAUUCUAAACUGAAACUGUGGUACUAGGAACCAACAUCAGCUGACAUGGAGUUUUUGAAUAUUUUUUUGUCUUUGGGAUGAACGAUAAACAGACUGAACAAGGAUUUGGUCUAAAAUUUGAUGUGGUUUAGUGUGGGAUUUAUCCAAACUCAUAAUUGAACCUACCACCACCAUGUGUCUACUGAGGUUUAAAUAUAAUUAUAAUAAUAAUUAUAAAGAGAAGUGGCAAAUCUGAACAUGUAUAUCUUCAUUGGUUUUGAGUAUUUUGCUUAAAAAACAAUUGUGAACCCACAAAAAACAUUAAACCAAUUAUUCAUAACCAUUUACCCCCCAUCACUAUUGCACUAUUGUCUUCUGUCUCACAAAUGUCCUUCUGUCUACUGUGUCCUUGUUGUAUUGUACAUAUAGUGUCUCCUCCAUUCUUUUAUAUUAUAUAUCUAUUUUCUGUACUUUCUGUCAUUUUUGGGAAGGAGAGUAACAUUAUUUCAAUUCUCUGUAUGUCCUGUACAUAUGCAGUAUUGACAAUAAAACUACUUGACUUGACUUGAUACAGCUCUGAAAAAAUAAAAAUAAAAAUAAGAGACCACCUAAAAAUGAUGAGUUUUUGAUUUUACCAAAUUGAAAACCUCUGGAAUAUAAUCAAGAGGAAGAUGGAUGAUCACAAACCAUCAAACCACCAAACUGAACUGCUUGAAUUUCUGCACCAGGAGUAAAGCAGCAUAAAGUUACCCAAAAGCAGUGUGUAAGACUGGUGGAGGAGGACAUGAUGCCAAGAUACAUGAA